AUGGAUGAGAAGGGCUUCUUGAUUGGAGUGCUGUCAAAGAUGAAGUUUGUCUUCUCCAAGAGUGCCUUUGAGCAGGGAAAGCUCAGGCACAUUGUUCAGGAUGGCAAUCGUGAGAAGAUUACCACUAUAGCUUGCAUCUGCGUAGAUGGCACUGCACUCAUGCCUGUGCUCAUCUACCAGGCACAAUCUGGAGCUAUACAGGACACCUGGUUGCAGGAUUUCGAGGCCGAACGACACCAUGCUUUUUUUACUAGCUCACCUUCUGGAUGGACUAGCCAUGAUAUAGGCCUUGCUUGGCUUAAGCAAGUCUUCGAUCGUGAGACAAAGGCAAAGGCGCGCUCAUCCUACUGGUUGCUUAUCCUUGAUGGCCAUGGAUCUCAUAUUACAAUGGAUUUUAUCAAAUACUACGAUGCCAACAGGAUCCUGCUUAUGGUCUAUCCAUCUCAUAGAGCAGUCUUCUGGUCACCUAACAAGGUAGCGCAGGCUCAUCAGAAGCAGGAGCAAAAGGACCUUGAAGAAUUAGAGUUGCAACAUCAAAAGAACGAGGCAAUCAAGCUCCGCGAGCAACAAAAGCUUGAUAAGACUCAGCUCCUUGAGGAGCAUCAUCUUAAGGCAGUUGCAGCAAGGGAGAAGCGCCUUGCUGAUGCUGCUGCCAAGGUAGCUGCCCGUGAGGAGAGAAAGCUUGCCCGGGAGCUUGAAAAACAACUCCAAAACGAUAUCAAGAUUGCUAAAAAAGGCAAGAGGCAAAGUCUCAAGCCUUCUAAAGCUACUACAAUUGUUGUUGUUAACGAGGAUCCCGCUGAGGCGCAGUAUAAUUGCAACACCAAAGAAUCCCGUAAUAAUAGCAAUCAGGCCAUGCCCUCUCUCACCUCCCUAUUCUGGGUUUCGGUGCCCAUCCUCCUCGCAGCCGUACUCUAUCAACUCGGCAUUCCCCCCACGACGACCCUCACAUCCCUGCUUCCAGACCUCCUCGUCUUCAAAAUCCUCCGCAACAUCUUCACAACCUCCACCACUCAUUGCUACGCGUCCGUGAAAACCCUUUCCCCUACCAUCCCUCUCGCCGAAUGCUUUAGCGUCUCAGCCGACGGAAUAUUCACCCGCGUCUUCCUCGAUGAGACGUCGUUCGAGGUUACCAAGGAGCAACGUAAGGGUCAUGUGAUUCCGGGGUUGUGGGAUGGGCAUGGUCAUUUGAGUCAGUUUGGGGAAUUGUUGCAUUCAGUGGAUUUGUUUGGAGCAAGGGGCUUGGAGGAAGUGAAGAGGAGGCUCAAGGGGUACAAGGAGGGGAAGCCCGAGGCGGGCACUCGGGAGUUUUGGUUAAGGGGCGUGGGGUGGGAUCAGGAUGAGUUUGGGAGGUGGCCUGUCGCUUCAGACCUGGAAAUCGACGAGACCUUCAAAGAUCAGUAUGUGAUGCUUGACCGUAUAGACGUGCACUGCAUCUGGGUAUCGGAGAAAGUUUUGUCCCUUCUCCCUUCGCCUCUGCCGCACAUCCCUGGCGGUGAGACCCCAGCGAAGGGAGUCUUCUGUGACAAUGCCAUGGACCUCGUGCUGGAACAUUAUCCCCGGCCGAGCAGGGAGCGGAAGACCAUGUGGCUCAAGGAUGCCAUGUUCGAGCUCAAUAAGCUCGGCAUUGUCGGCAUGCAUGAUGCUGGUGUGUUUCCCAAGGAAAUUGACCUGUAUGAGGAGCUCCAUGAAGAUGAUGACUGGACUGUCCGCGUAAACGCGAUGAUCGAGUGUGAUACCAGGAACACCUUCUGCCCUGAGAGUGCCAGGAAGAUAUCAAGUCCCAAUGGCAGGCUUCACGUACACAGCGUUAAGCUAUUUGGGGAUGGUGCUCUCGGAAGCUGGGGCAGUGCGAUGAUUGAGCCGUAUGCAGAUAAGCCAGAGUCUUCAGGAUCACUUCUCGUCAACGCCAGCACCCUGGCAAAGCUCACUAGGGAGUGGUCUGCGGCAGGUUUCCAGGUCAACAUACAUGCCAUCGGAGACUUAGCCAACCGCCUUGCCAUUGAUUCCUUUGCUUCCGCGUUCGAGGAGCUCUGCCCCGGCCAGACAGCCCGUGUAUGCCAGGCAAAGCAUCGGUUCCGCAUUGAACAUGCCCAAAUCAUCCAUCCAUAUGACCAGAAGAGGAUGUUCGAAAUGGCCAUCCUUCCCUCAAUACAGCCCACUCACGCGACUUCGGACGCGCACUACGUGGAAGCCCGGUUAGGAAAGGUUCGGACAGAGACAGAAGCCUAUCGGAUGCGCAGCCUCCUCCUGUUGAAGCCAGUAUUGGGCAGCGACUUUCCUGUGGAGCCUGCCAACGUCUUCGAAGGCCUGUAUGCCGCCACCACCCGCCGCAGUCCGAAAACGGGCCUAGACAUUUCAGGGGCCCAAGAGGGCUGGUACCCGGAAGAGACCCUUACUCUCGAGGAUGCUUUACACGGCUUCACUGUGAACCCUGCCUAUGCUGCUUUCCUCGAAGGCAAGGCAGGUGUCGUCGCCCCAGGCGCAUACGCGGACUGGGUGGUGUUGGACGAGCCUCUUGAUUCUCUCGAUCCGGAAGCCCUACGCAAAGCUACGGUCAGAGAGACGUGGGUCGGUGGCAAGCGCGUUUACAGGAGACCCGGCGCCGAACCACUUCCGUGGAUGGAGGGCUGA